UUUCAUGUGGUCUUUUGAGAAGAUUCACAGGAGCAUUGCACACAUCUUCCAGGGCGAGCUGGUGGCCAGCUUCGACGAAGAGUUCCGAAUUCUGUUUGCACAGUCAGAACCUCUCGUUCCUCCAGCCAACGUCUUGGCAAAGGCAGAGAACCCGUUUGCCAUGACUCCCUUCGGCAAUAACGUGCCGUUCUUUCCUAAGAAAUCACCCCUCAUGUUCCAGAGGGACGACAACCUUUUUCCCUCCUUCAUGGACAGAGUUGAUCCAGACCGGUACUUCCUGUCCAACUUCCGGCGCGAUGAUUUGUUGCGCCAUACCGUGGAGGGGUCAGCCAUGCGAAUGUACAAAAAGGUGGAGAUGGAGAAUGCUCAGAUGGAUCCCGUCAGGGGUUUUCUCCGUUCCAAGCAGCUGGAGUUGGAUGCUUUUAAGAGACACAGUUUUGCAGAAGGAACGUUUGAGAACUUUGCUUCUUCUAAGCAAUACGCCAGGCAGAUGUUCGUGAACAACAUGGACGAAUUUAAAAUCCAGUCCAGCCAUUUUCAGAAGGAUCAGUUCUACCAGUACCAGUUUGAACACCCCCACCUUUCUGGCAGACCCCAGGGGUUCUUUGACAGAAUACGAGGUGGGAGGCCGGGAUUCAAUGAGUUGGAAGAGGGAGGGCCUCUUCCCUAUGGAGAGGGACCCAGAUACCCCGAACUCGAACCCGGUUUCCCACAGGAGGGUUUCCCCUUAAGGCUGGAUUACGUGCCUUCGAAUUCUUCCCGGGAAGUGAGACAUGGCUCUGAUCAGCUGAACCCUGCAGGCAACGGCCCGAUGGGAAUGAUGCUGAGACGGCAGAAUAUAGGACAGAAGUUUAUUUGCCAGACUUCUCCUACGCAGAAGCAAAGCCUGGAACAGCGCCUGUUCUUACAAGACAAAGACGAGGACCAAGAUCAGGACAAGAACACUCAGGAAAAUAGAACAGGUUUACGCAACUGGAGGAUUUCUUCGUACCUCAGCGCGUACCAGUCGGAACCGGAAGAAGGUCUCCCGAUGCCCAUGGAAUCGGAAGCCUAUAAUGAUGUUCUUGGGGAUCCCCUCGCAAAGCACCCCACUGACCUCAUGCCAGCAUUCAAAUCCCCCGUGUCUUUUAAUAGCAAGUCACUGGGGGUUGAAAACGCCAAAGAAUUUGCGGAUCCUGAAAGAGGAGGCGAAGAAACACCUCUGAUGAAACAAGACGCCUUUAGGUCCAGAAUAAAUCCCUUGAUCCAGAGGAGCUCCAGACUCAGGUCCUCUCUGAUUUUCAACGCUGCCAAGUUAGAUCAGCCUAACGCAACGGUAGAGAAGGUCCAGAUGAUCCACAAGGAACAAGUGUCCAAUGAACUGACAAAGGACAAUGAAACCAUAAAGACGGCCGCCUCGUCCAAAGUGGCGGAGCUUCUAGAGAAGUACAAAGCUGUGGGCAAAGACGCCGAGCGAGCUACAGUCACUCACACCAAAGCCGUUUCUAGUUUUCUCCAGGAGGAAUCACAGAACACGGAGAAGAAAUGUACCAAAUCCGUGCAAUACAAGAUUCUGGAGAGUAGAGUAUUGGAGUCCAAAGACUCCUGCAGUACUUACAAGAUGCACGGAGAGACUGACAGAGCGUUUGGAACGGCUUCGUCGGCCCCCCAGCUCAUUGAUGCUUUGAGUAAGGAUCCCUUAGCACACCUGGGCGCUAAAGUGGACAAACUGUCAUCUCGGUUUUACCCUAUAGAGAAUAAACCCGCUCUUCCAGAAAAGGAGAGCCUUAUAUUUGUAGGAGAUACUCAGAAAUUGGCUCUUCCAGAAAAGAAGGAACGAGUGGCGUUCAAGGAAGAGGCUGGAAAAUUGGUCGGUGCAGAACUGAAGAAACCACAGGGGAGGACGGGCACCACAUCGGCCAUCGAAAACCUGCCUAAAGGUCCAGGAUCCGACAGCUCCCUCAAUAAAUCCGAGGAGGAGUGUUCAAAGCUGGAACAAAACACAAUGGAGUUUUUAAGGAAAGGAUCCCUGCGGUUGAAGCAGUUUCUGAACCCGAAAGGUGAAAAGAAACCGGAGGAGGAACCCGGUUGCGAGGUCGGAAGGUCUGACAAACAGCCCGUGGGUCUCAAAAGAUCUUCCAUAGGCGACUGUCAGGAGAUGGUGGCGGAGGAAGAAAAAACCCAUAAAUUUGCAACGCCGCUUCCUCCCAAAAGCAGCCAACCGACGCAGGGCAGAUUUCCUUCAUCCACAGCCAACAUUCUGUACAGCAGCAACCUCCGUGAUGACACCAAGGUGAUUUUGGAACAGAUCUCUGCUAACAGCCAGAAGAACAGAGCUGAACUGGCCAAGCAGCUGCCAUCCACCAGCAAUCCCGACCUUUCUAAGUCAACCAUGAGCUUGGAAAGGAAAGCCGAGAAGGAGAAAAGCUGCAACAUCCACAGGUCGGAGAGCUUUGGGAGCCAGAAGCGAAACGUUCAGCGGCAGCCGUCGGAGGACAGAGACACGCUGCUGAAGAAAAUGGAGAACAUGCGGAAGGAAAAGAGGGUGUACAGCAGGUUUGAGGUCUUCUGCAAAAAGGAUGAGCAUACGAGUCAGAGCGAGGAGGAGUACGACGCGGACGCCAAGGACAAGAAGAUGGGGAAGUUCAUGCCCAAAAUCCUGGGCACCUUCAAGACCAAAAAAUGAUCAUAGGAGCGCUGUUGAAUUCCGUAUCGUCACUGAGUGGCAAAGCCGACGAGGGAGAAACACGUUUAUGACGGCUGCGAAGCUCUUUGAGGUUGGCAAGCGGGAUGUGUUCAGCAUCACUCCUAUGGCACAGAUGGCCCCGUAGAGUCGCGUGGUAACAGGGAACCUUGUUACAGUAUAUUUAAAAUAAAAUGAUUAAAUUGCCAA